AUGACAGUGGAGGAGUUUUUCUCCUGUUACAAGGCCUCCGGUCAGCAGGAGAUGUGGGUGACUCUGCAGGCAGUGGCGGGCCUACAAGGCCUCCUGUUAACAGGAGACAUAGGUGACUCUAUAAGCAGUGGCAGGUCGAGGUCUAGUGGCGGGCCUGCCAUCUUCGGUGAAGGGGUGGAGGCCAAGAUGGUUCUUCGUGUCGGCGAAUGGUGGGGCAAGAGUUCGCACAACAUGGAAGGUCCCCACGAAAUCGGUGGAGCCAAAGUUAGGCAUGGAAGCCGAAGACUGAGUAAAGAAGGUGAGGGAGUGGAGGGAGAAGAAGGGAGUGAGGUGGGACGAGCUGGUCCUGCCAUCAAUAUUGUUUGCCUUGAACUUGGGACCGCAACCGUUGGAAGAGGAUCCAGCGAAGGAGGAAAUGAAGGUGCGGAGGAAGGCGGAGGAGGAGGAGGAGGAGGAGGAGGAGGAGAAAAAGGGGAGGUUGUUUGCCAGGGUGGAAAAAUACAAAGAGGCGCAAUUGGGGCCUUCCCUGAAGCUGGUGAUAAGGAAGCGGAUCCGAUCACGUCCGAAGCCGGUGGGCGACAAAGACUUAAUUGGCUUCGCCCCUCUGCCGCCCCCAAUAGACCCACUGAAGGUGAGGGGCAAGCAGGAAGUAGAGGCGGUUGUAAAGAAGCUAAGGAAAAAGAGGGGGGUGUAGAGGGGAAGGAAAACACCCCUGUUUUGUAA